AUGCCAAACCGUUACGUUGGAUCUGGUUUGUUUGGUAGACCACUUCACUCAGUCCUUGGCGGAGGAAAAAUUGCUGAUAUCUUGCUAUGGAAAGACAAGUAUUUAUCUGCGGCAAUUGUAGCUGGAUUUUCGAUGAUUUGGUUUCUCUUUGAAGUGGUUGAAUAUAAUCUUGUUACUCUUCUAUGUCACAUCCUCAUUGCCCUUAUGCUUAUUCUCUUUGUUUGGCAUAAUGCAGCUGGAUUAAUCACUUGGAGACUUCCUGAUAUCUAUGAUUUUGAAAUCUCGGAUUCAACGACUAGAUUCAUUCAUAAUAAGUUGAACAUGUUCUUGAGAAUAUUCUUUGACAUUUCAACUGGAAAAGACCUCAGAUUUUUCUUCGUGACAAUAGCUGGUUUAUGGAUAAUGUCUACUAUUGGAACUUUCUUCACCACUGUUAAUUUACUAUAUACAAUAUUUGUGUGCCUUGUGACACUUCCUAUUAUGUAUGAGAGAUAUGAGGAAGAGGUGGAUUAUCUAGCAAGUAAAGGAAGCCAAGAUGUGAAGAGAUUGUUCAGCAAAUUGGAUUCCACAGUUCUCAAUAGGAUUCCAAGGGGACCUGUGAAAGAAAAGAAGCACAAAUGA